GAGUGCGCUGCAAAAUUCCGCGGCUCGUACCACACCAGUAUAGAAUCAGGCGUAGAAAUAAGCAAGAAGGAUAACCAACUUUAUGUUUGAUACGACUUUACGAAGUAUUGGGGAAUAUAUUAAUUCCAAUACAGCAUAAUAUUUAUUAUCUGAAGUUUCAGUAAAACCUAAAAAUCAAAGUUUUCGUUUUCGAGCAGAAAACAACAACCGAACUGCGUAUAUUACUUCAAACAGCGAAUUGGAAACUCUUUUAAUACUUCCUGUUAAAGUUCCAAGUUACUAACCCCCUAGUCAUGCGCCCCAAUUGCAAGAAUGUCUUAUUCAUGACCUGUAUGCUUCUGAUCACAGUGUUUUUCAAAGCGGGGCGUUUCGAGAAGACGAAAUCGGAUGUUCUUCUGAUGAAAGAGUACCGCGGAGACUGUGCGCCACCAGAGGUCAUUGUGAACGGCUCUGUUAUACCCGGUGGAGGAGGAACAAACUUUAAAGGUGUUCACGAGGUUCAGUUUUUAGGAAUCAUCGGUCCACUGGAACAAAAGCGUGUGUGUAAGAUAAAGUGCUUUAACGGAACAUGGAUAGGACCUCUUUGCACGAUAGACGAGGAUGGGGAUCGUUUCCAACCCAUGUUACGUCAGUGCUCUUUACAACUGACGGACGCUGAGGUAGUGGUCAGUUACAAGGGAAAGAGGUUAACCAUUGACACAGAGAUAGCUGUUCCUCACGGAAGUAAACUGGAUUUUCGAUGUUCUGAAGUAGGCAUGUACAAGUUUGUAGGCCAGCAACACUUAACGUGUUCGAAUGGCCAAUGGAGUUCUACUUUUCCUCACUGUGUGGCCACAACUCUGCAACGAAAUUUCUCAGUACAAGCACCUCCUAGUAUCAUCUAUAACGUGAUGUCCGGGGACGCUGACGUCACCGGAGCCGGAGAAGUGGUCAUCCUACCAAACAGCAUCGUCCAUUUGGAUUGUUUGUUUCAGAGAGAACAUGGCAACCCCGAAUGGGCAUGGUCAGCCGGCCAAAGGCAGUAUCCUUGCGGGUGGUCCUUGUCAACUGACGAAAGAAGUUGGAAAUACCGAUUGUCCAUCUACUAUGCUAAGGAGGAGGACUCUGGUUUCUAUAGCUGCACCACGCCUAGAGGUGAAAAUAACAAGAUCUAUGUUAUUGUCAAAGUGGUCCAGUGUCCGCUCUUGACGCCGGACUCUCCGCAUCUUAAGCUCAGCACUCACAACCGGACUUACGGUGACCGCGUAAACUUCUCAUGUCCAACAAGCUAUAGACUCGUCGGCGCGGCGUCUUUACAUUGUUUGAAAAACGAAUCCUGGUCGGACUAUCCACCUAUGUGUGAGGCUAUUGCUUGUACACCUCCACUACCCCCUCCUAAUGGUCGAGUUCUAGACACAGGGCGCUACCUGACUGGCGACAGAGUAACGUAUACAUGUCAUGCUGGAUUUGUCCUUGUUGGCGAAUCUGUGGCGGUUUGUAAUGAUGUCGGAGAGUGGACGGAACAACCACCAAUAUGUAAACCCGCCUGUGAGUUCCCGGGGGAACCAGCAAACGGGCACAUAAUCCCUACAAAGUUCCAUUACGACAUUGGUGAAAUUGUUGUCGUGUCGUGUAACGAGGGGUUCCGAACUCUUGGAUCCAAGGAGCUACGCUGCAUGCCUUCAGGCCAUUGGUCUAAUCCAUUGCCACAUUGUCGCCCUUACAAUAGAUGAAGAAAGGAUGUUCCCGCUUCCUCGAUGAUCACAUGAGUAACGACUAAUAAUCUGAUUGGUCCGUUGGGUUGUGGAUAAAGCUUGUUAUUGGUCAAAUAAAUUUGUGAUAAACGUUAGAUAUGAUUCGAGAUUCAAAAGCAUGUUACAUUUUCGAAAAACCCACGAAAGUUAUUUCUGAUCGAACACUUAUUUGAUGGUUUUAUUUUCUAUCAAAUAACCUGCUCCACUGUAUGGAAGAAAGUUGAGAACUUUGAAAGAUAAAUCUAAUAAAACUUGGUAACAUGCGUUUU